AUGACAAGAUCAGAUGUUGUCAAGCUGAUCUUGAUUGGCUUCUACAUGUGGGAGCAACGGAACUCUGUUCAACAUUUGGAUGACAAUGUUCAACUACUUGAACGUCAUAGCAAUCACUCACAGUUUGAUAUGGGUCCCGAUGCCUUGCCUAGGGAAAUUCAACUGAUGCUAACAAGCCGUCGACAAGUCCUUUGCAAGUCAUUGGUGGACAAGGGAGAGUGGCUUAAGUUGCUUUGUCAGGAACGCAGAGACUUCUGUCGCUCCAUGAAAGCACAAUGCCGCAGUCUGCGGACUAUUUUCUCCCCUGGACCCUGA